CUCAUUCUUUGCAGGGAAACAGCGGAGUUGGCGCUGAUGCGUGCUGGCAUGUGAUCCCACUUUGUCAAAUCAAUCUCCCCCCCAAUGCUGUAGCCUUUCAUUAAACUUUCCAUGCUGUUGACCGUCCAGUGGAAAGCACUGAGCAGGUUUGUCCGGACCGUAUCAGCUCCUGCUACGCCGCCUGCUGCGCUCCGGCUCUCAUCCAUCAUCAGCUCUCCAGGUUCAGAGGGACUCGCACGGCCCGGGGUGCUGGCUCGGCUCUCCCGCACACAUGGAGGGAGACGUUAUGGACAACGUUGAGGCCACGGCGACGGUCCGUGACUUCGACCCCAUCAGUGGGAGCAUCCCGGCAACCAAAGUGGAGAUCACCGUGUCAUGCAGGAACCUCUUGGACCGAGACACUUUCUCCAAAUCUGACCCAUUGGUGGUAUUGUACACCCAGGGUGUGGAGUGCAAACAGUGGAGAGAGUUUGGGAGAACAGAAGUGAUAGACAACACGCUAAACCCAGACUUUGUCAGGAAGUACAUCCUGGACUACUUCUUUGAGGAGAAGCAGAACCUGCGCUUUGACGUAUAUGAUAUUGACUCUAAAAGUCCCGAUCUGGCAAAACAUCCAACCGACUUCAACGACUUCCUGGGACAGGUUCACUGUACUCUGGGAGAGAUCGUGGGCUCACCUGCUAGUCGCCUGGAGAAACCUCUGGGUGGCAUACCAGGGAAAAAAUGCGGGACUAUUAUCUUGUCUGCUGAGGAGCUGGGAAACUGCAGAGAUUAUGCCACCAUGCAAUUCUGUGCCAACAAACUGGAUAAAAAGGACUUCUUUGGAAAGUCAGACCCCUUCAUGGUCUUCUACAGAAGCAAUGAGGAUGGCACGUUCACCAUCUGCCACAAGACCGAAGUGAUGAAGAACACGCUGAACCCUGUGUGGCAGCCCUUCUCCAUCCCUGUCAGAGCACUCUGCAACGGAGACUAUGACAGGACAAUCAAAGUGGAGGUGUAUGACUGGGACAGAGAUGGAAGCCAUGAUUUUAUCGGUGAAUUCACCACCAGCUACAAGGAUCUGUGUCGAGGUCAGACCCAGUUAAACAUCUAUGAGGUGCUGAACGCCAAGAAGAAAAUAAAGAAAAAGAGAUACAUCAACUCUGGGACGGUGUCCUUGUUGUCAUUCAAUGUGGAGUCAGAGCACACCUUCCUGGAUUACAUCAAAGGAGGGACUCAGAUUCACUUCACAGUGGCCAUUGAUUUCACUGCAUCAAAUGGAAAUCCAUCCCAGUCCACUUCACUUCACUACAUGAACCCGUACCAGAUGAAUGCCUAUGCCAUGGCCCUGAAGGCUGUGGGAGAGAUCAUCCAGGACUAUGACAGUGAUAAGAUGUUCCCUGCGCUGGGAUUCGGUGCUAAGCUGCCCCCUGAUGGGAGGGUCUCCCAUGAGUUUCCUUUGAAUGGCAACAUUGAGAAUCCCUACUGUAAUGGCAUGGAGGGGAUCCUCGAUGCUUACCAUCAAAGCCUUAAGACAGUUCAGCUGUAUGGACCCACCAACUUCUCUCCUGUUGUUAAUCAUGUGGCGAGGUAUGCAGCAGCGGUGCAGGAUGGCUCUCAAUACUUUGUACUGCUCAUCAUCACUGAUGGGGUCAUAUCAGACAUGGCUCAGACCAAGGAGGCCAUAGUGAAUGCUGCUAAACUCCCCAUGUCCAUCAUCAUUGUAGGAGUUGGCCAAGCUGAGUUUGAUGCUAUGGUUGAGCUUGAUGGUGAUGACAUCAGGAUUUCCUCCCGGGGGAAGUUGGCAGAGAGAGACAUUGUUCAGUUUGUCCCAUUCAGAGACUACAUGGACCGCACAGGUAACCAUGUGCUAAGCAUGGCACGGCUGGCAAAAGACGUUCUGGCUGAGAUCCCGGACCAGCUGAUCUUAUACAUGAAAAGCAGAGCAAUUAAACCUAACCCUGUCCCACCAGCAUACUCCGUCGACAACCAUGCCCAGACCAACCCCGUGUGAGCCCCACAGACUGCUCUGUGUUGGGGCGAGGCAGGGGGAGGGACUGAUGGGACCCUGCAUCCACACCCAUCAUUUAGGAAAAUGGAAAAAGCUUUGAGGCUAAAUGAAGACAUGGUGAGACUCCAUUUUGUUUCUGGAGCAAUGAGACCACUUAAAGGUGAAUAUGCCGAUGAUCAGGGAGGGUUUUUUCUCUCUGAUUGCUGUAGGAUGAAAGAGCUAAAGGAGCCUGGUGUAGGAGGAGAUUUAGUUGUUCGCUGUCAAACCUGUCAAAGUGGUGAUGUAAUGGAUAGCAAGUGAGCCAGUAGAGAGAGCCUGAUUGAAGGCAUAAAUAUAUUAGAUUGUGCCAGUUUGUAUCAUGUUUGUGAUACCUUUUGGAAUCGGUGUGUGUUGAACUAGGAAAUCAUCAUGUGUAUACUUAUUUAUGCAUUUAUUUAUUUAUUGAAGAAAUAAUUUAU